CGCAGAUGAACAUGAUUCAGACUACGGCGUUUAUAUGUUCAACAAUAGGAAACGUAGUCUUAGCUGUUUUAAAAUUACACCAAGUUUAUUUCGGAUUAUUCCAACGGAAGAAUACAAGGCGCAGGGAACUUUGAGGUGCGUAAACGCUAUUUAUAGGUGCGUAAACGCCAUUUCCAAAAUUCCAGAGGUGCGUAAACGGCGUUUACGUGCGUUUACCCUCCACUACAGCCCUGCUUCCCAGUGUGCACUGUGUGUGUACUUAACGUGUACUUAACGUGUACUACCAGUGAAUGUAAUACCUUGAUUCCACCAUAGGUGGCGGUAUGCAACUAUAGUUUGUUAGCGAUCCAUUAAACAACCCGAAGAAGAACAGGAAGAAGGACAGGAAACAAGGAGGAAAUAAUAAUAAUAAUAACCGGGGCCUCACUUAUUACGGAUACAAAUCAAAAUGUCAGAUGGCUCCGCAGAGCUCGCGCGUGGAGACGUGCGGCACGAGGAGCCUGCGCGCGCAUCGAAGCACGGGUUCGAACCUUUACCGACGCCGCAGGUCCAGCAGACCGCCGCCUCCAGGUUUCUGCAGGUAGAACUGGAGCUGAACGCGCACCUGCGGCGGCUCGCCUUCAGCCAGCCCGUCCGGCACGUGUACAAUCCGCUGGAGUACGCGUGGGAGCCGCACCGCUGCUACGUGGAGAAGUUCUGCCGGGCCGGACAAAGCGUCCUGUUCCUGGGGAUGAAUCCUGGACCUUUCGGCAUGGCGCAGACCGGGGUCCCCUUUGGUGAGGUGAGGUCAGUGGUCGAUUGGCUGAAGAUCACAGGGGAGGUCGGCCAUCCUCAUGACGAGCAUCCCAAGCGGCGGAUCACAGGACUCGCCUGCACUCAGAAAGAAGUGAGCGGAUCGCGUUUCUGGGGCUUCUUCAGGAAGUUGUGUGGUGAACCCGACCACUUCUUCAAGCACUGCUUUGUGCACAAUCUAUGCCCUCUCAUUUUCAUCAGCGCCAGUGGGAAGAAUUUAACCCCCCCUGAGCUGCCUGCGGAUGAACGGGAGGCCCUCCUGGCCCUUUGCGACAUUGCACUGUGCCAGGCGGUGGAGGCGCUGGGCGUUACCAUGGUGAUCGGGGUCGGAAGGGUAGCGGAGCAGCGGGCGCGGCGAGCGCUUUCAGCCGCAGGUGUCAAGGUGCAGGUUGAGGGCAUCAUGCAUCCGUCACCCAGGAACCCACUAGCCAAUAAGGGCUGGGAAGAGGUUGCCAAAGCCAAACUGUCAGAACUUGGUGUCUUGUCGUUGCUGAGCAACGUCUGAGCCACGAGUGCGUCUUCUCUGACAAGGGAUCACAAUGUGAGGAGUUUUAGUAAAAGACAAUUAUGAUCAAGGGCUCAAUGUACUGCUAAAAAAGUGACGCCUGACAUUCCUCGUGCUCGUAGUACACUGAGGCCUUCCACGUCCGCCAUCACUACCGCUGAAAACUCUUCUGCUAGGCAACAUCUUCUUCCUCUAUAAAGAUCUGUCAUUAUAACUUUUCUUCAUACAUUUUAAGGUUCAGUUUCCAAAAAAGGCUACAUCCAUAGAGAUGCAGUUCUCAGGAAGAACAAAGCUGCAGCUUUUGAAUGGUGUCACAACAGAGACAUCUGCUUUGUAAAUAUACAGUGUUCCUUUGUAUAAAAGUGUAAGUAUUUCCAAUUGUCAUUUAUUUUGAUAAUGUCUUUUAUUUGUUGAUUUUUACACAUAAAUUCUAGCCACAAUUUGACCAAUUAUGUGUAUUUAUAAACUCUGCACUCUUGCAGUUCAAAUAAACAACCAUGGCAACUGGAAA